AUACUACUAUUUCUCCAUCGCACAAACGUGCGUGAAAAAGGCUAUAGUUCGAAAAAAACUCGAGUUUACGAUUAUUUUGUGUGUUGUAUCCGUAGCGAGUGCUUCGCGAAAAGAAAACGGUUUUUGCUGUGGAAAUAGUGAGUUUUAGCGGACAAAUCGGAUACCAGGCGCGAGGUCAAUACCGGAGGAACGUUUUUCCGGUCGUCGGGCCAGGAAACGCGCUGAGUCGGGCAAGUUUUCUGUCGGAGCAAAAAUCCAGUUCCCCAUUCAUUCGCGCGGUGCGUGUGUCGUCUCCAUCGCAGAAGCAGAUCUUCAUGUGUGUAUAUUAUAUUCGGGAGAGCAGCAUAAUACCAAUACAGUAUCCGAAAGCACUCCAAGAUUAGCCAAAAGUGAGGAAAAAAUAAUUCAUAUUUUGGUUCGGAUUGAAUGGUGUUUCGGAAAAAUAUUGUUUGUGUAGAGGCACCGGGCACCUAGCUCGUCCCUUAUGGCGACGAUUCAGGUUUCAAGCUGGCAGGACGUGUCCGCACUAGCGGUGAUGUUUUGAUCGUGGAAUCCCGCGACACGAAGAACGAAAAGAAGAAGCCUGUGCCUGCCUGCGAACAAGCGAGCUUUGGCUCGGUCCAAGUGGAGUGCUGGGUAUAUCGAAAGCAAGCGUGAAAGGGAUAGCACCAGAUAGCGCUGCGCCAAAGGACUCCUAUUCAGCAUUCGAGUCGUGGGACGGAGUGGAGUGCUUCCGGGAUGUAAGGAAAACGGCUGGAAUGUGAUAGCCGUGCGGAAUGGCGGAACCCGGAAUAAUGCAUUUAUCGACUUCGUCAGUUUUUCACCAGGACGACUUAUACAAAAUGAAUGGCAUAAUGCGCCCAGUGAACCGAUCAUCGCGGACAACGUCUCGAUUGCUCCAGUGAAGAACUAUGCUAGUGCACUGCUAUACGAAACGAACUGUUAGAACUGCUCCUCCUCAGUUAAAAUAAUGUAAAACGAGUAUUCGUUCAUGUGUUUGAGGUAACAAGUACGAAACAAGUUGUGAAAAUAAUUACCAGAAGAGCAAUAACACUUUACAAAGUUCCUCGGAAGCCAAAUUCACGUUCCGUAACUCACUGUGACAGUUCUGUAGCGAACGGUUAUACAUUAGGCUAUAAGGUGCACCGUCUACGUAGCCGUAGUUAUGUCACACAAUCUGGGAAUGGCAUCGUAUCGAUUACCAGGUCCAGGACUGGGAUGUCCUCCGGAUUUUAAAUCGCCGUCGGAGUCUCCGCAGCUACCCAUCUCGGCACCAAGUCAACCGAAGAAGCGAAGGAAAACCUCAAACGCCAACAGUGCAAACUCGGCAGCCUCGCAAGCAACGCCAACGCCCUCUCCGCAAGAUCUACUGCCACCACCACCCACCGGCUACGGUGAUACAAUUGUUGCGUCGAAUCCGUUUGACGAUACCCCUACGCACUCGCCAUCACCACAUAUGAGUCAUAUGCAUCACGGAGGCCCGGGUAUGAUGAGCCAUAUGGGAGGUGGUGCGAUGGGUCACGGCGGUCCAAUGGGGAUGAAUCAUAUGGGCAUGCAUCCGCAUCAUUUGGGAGGCCCAAUGGGUCAUCAUGGCCCACCUCAUGGACCACACGGUGGUCCUCAUGGGGGUCCUCUGCACGGAAUGCCUCCGCAUGCAAUGGGACAUGGACCAGGACACGGAUCGCCACAUCACGGCAUGGGACCGCACGGACCGAUGGGUCCUGGAGGUCCCCAAGGCCCACCGAUGCGGGGUAUGAGUCCGAUGGGAAUGGGUAGUCCGAUGGGGCAUCCUAUGCAUAUGAACACCGGGAUGGGACAGAUGGGUGGCAUGGGACCUCAUGGGCCAAUACAACGAGGAGGAAUGAGCCCCAUGGGCUCAAUGCCUGGGGCACCCAUGGGAGGUUUGAGUCCAAUGAGUGGCAUGAACCAAAACCUAUCUCCAAUGGGGCCGAUGGGUGGAAUGUCACCAAUGAGUCAGCAACAAAUGAAUAAUAAGUCUGUCGGAAGCCCCAUGAGCAGUGGUAACAUAGGUAGCCCUAUGAAUUCGAUGCCUGGUAUGGGUUCACCACACGGCGGACAAGGGCAAAUGCUGGGAAGUCCAAUGAACACGAGUGGAGGCCACAUGAACAACGGUCCAAUGGGACCACCAAUGAAUAGUCCCCUUGGAAAUGGUCCACCAAACCACGUUCCCAUGGGUCCUCAUUCGGCCGGUCAUAGUCAACCAGUUUCGUCGGCAGGACAAACCGUCGGAGGACAGACGUCACCGAAUGUGGCCGGUAUUAAUAGUAAUAAUAGAAUGAACCUACCCAAUGGUGCAAUGACAAAUCAGCAAUCAGGGAACCUAAAUCAAUUACCUCAUCAGCUGGGUCCUCAACAGCAACCGAAUAGUCAACAAGGUCCUGGUCAUCAAUCCCAGCAAAGCAACCAGCAGCAGCAAAUGCAAGUGAGUCAGCCUAAUCAGUCGCCAUCGAUGUCGGCAAAUCAACAACAGCCACAAAACCAAUCUCCUGCCGCUCAAUCCCAGCCACUACCACCCCAUCCACCGCAUCCGCAACAGCAGCAAUCACAUGUGUCUCCAUUGCCACAUCAGUCACCACACGCUCAACAUCACCAAGGUCCUGGCCCUAAUAGUGGUCCGGUAGGUAGCGGAUCUGGAUCGGGUGGUCCCGGAUCAGGACCACAACAACAGCAACAGAUGAAUCCAGCUGGAGUUGGUCCCGGUAGCAAUAGUUUAGGUAGUAUGAACCCAGCUGGCAUGGGUCCUGGAGGAAUGGGUGGAAUGCCUCCGAAUUCAAUGAGCGGAAUGAAUCAUCACCCUCCGCAUCAUCCUGGUAACCAUCCUGGUAAUCAUCCCGGUAAUCAUCCUGGUAACCAUCCAGGUAAUCAUCCCGGUAACCAUCCAGGUAACCAUCCCGGCAAUCACCCCGGUAAUCAUCCAGGUAGCCAUCCCGGUAAUCACCCCGGGAAUCAUCCCGGAAAUCACCCUGGAAAUCAUCAACAGAAUCCCCACAUGCCUCCGUCGUUGGGCGGUGGAGGAGGAGGUGGAGGACCGAACAGCAUGCAUCAUCACAUGGGAAUGCUACCGCAUGGAAACAUGCCACCAGGUCAUGCAGGUCAUAGGCCACCAAUGGGCCCGGGAGGGCCUAUGGGUCCGGGUGGUCCCGGCGGAAUGAGUAUGGGGGGACCUCCAAUGGGUGGUCCUAUGGGUCACAUGGGCGGAAUGGGUGGUGGUAUGGGAGGUAGUCCACUACAGUCUCCUCACAUGAUGGGCGGACCGAUGGGUGGUGGACCUGGUGGACCAAUGGGCGGUCUGGGACCACCUGGAAAUGGACCUCCACCGCCGAAUCACCACCAUCACAUGGGCAUGUUCGGUCCCAAACCGAUGCCGGUGACUUCGGGGAAACUGUACCCACCGGAUCAGUCGAAAGUUUUCAACCCGCAGAAUCCAAACGCACCUCCCAUUUACCCGUGCGGGGGCUGUCACAAGGAGGUUCAUGACAACGAUCAAGGAAUUUUGUGCGAAUCUGGUUGCAACUUCUGGUUUCAUAGAACGUGCAGCGGACUGACGGAAGCGGCUUUCCUCCUGAUCCACCACGAAGUGUACGCCGAAUGGUGCUGUGACAAAUGUCUGUCUUCCAAGAAUAUACCGCUGGUGAAGUUCAAACCAUAGUCGCAGACAGCACCAUUAGCCCAUUCCGGCGCUGACGUCAGCUCGGCCAGGAACCGGAACCGGAAAACGAGAACAAACACAACACAAGAAAAGUGCAGCUACGGUAGUAAUGUUUGCGCUUUUUUUAUUCUAUGUUUUUAGUAUGAUUGUGGUGCAACCCGGUGUAAAUAGGAUGCUAGAAAAUGUUUGUACAAAUGGAGCAAAUGUGCGCUAAAGUGUGACGAUUGAAUGUGUAAAUUUUGUUUUUUUUUAAUAAAUAAGGGUCGAAACCAUGGAAA